AUGGCUUCGACGAUGUUUGGAGCUGCAACCUCGAACAUUCGUACAAAACCCACCGCUAAGAUGCUUUGCGCCAUUUCUGGAGAAGCGCCCCAAUUCCCCGUAGCUUCGCGCAAGAGCGGCAAUGUCUUCGAGAAGCGCUUGAUCGAGGCGCAUAUUUCAGAGCACCACACGGACCCAGUAACGGGCGAAGAUCUUUCCAUGGACGACCUCAUUGAACUCAAAUCAUCUCAUGUCGUCAAACCUCGACCCCAAACCCUGACCUCUAUUCCUUCACUUCUGUCCGCCUUCCAGGCCGAGUGGGACGCGAUCGCUCUCGAGACCUUCACAUUGAAGCAACAGCUAUCACAAACGCGAAAAGAGCUUAGCACCGCGCUAUACCAGAACGAUGCAGCCACGAGGGUUAUUGCGAGGAUCACAAGGGAACGCGACGAGGCUCGAGAGGCGCUCUCGAAUGUCACGAUCAGCGGGGCUACAAAUGUUGAUGCGAUGCAAGUGGACAACCAGGAACUGUCUGAGGAAUUAGCGGCCAAGGUUGACGAGACAAUGCAACAGCUCUCGAGCACACGGCGCAAACGGCCUAUUCCGGAUGGCUGGGCCACUGCGGAAACGAUUGAAGCAUUUGAGCCCACGGACUCCUCCGAACCGCUCUAUCCCGGUAGCAGCAUCGUCUCUGUCGAUAAGGAGAAAGAUCUUGCCCUUUUCGGCGGAGCAGAUGGUGUUGCUGGUGUAUACUCCGUAUCACAAAAGCAGGUUGUGCAUGCUCUGAAGUGUGGAAGCGCGGUGACGGCGACAGCAUGGUGGGGGCCGCGCCAGGUUGUUGCGACCUCUGCAGGAGCAGUAAAAGUGUUUGAAGACGGUGCAGAGGUUGCACAGCUUGGGUCUCAUGCUGGGUCUGCCACGUCGCUGGCAAUUCACCCAAGCGGAGAUAUCCUGGCAUCAACUGGCGCGGAUAAGAGCUUCAUGUUCUACGACCUGACGAGCAUGAAGGUUGCUUCACACAUCUAUACCGACACAGAAAUCUUGUGCAGCGAGUUUCAUCCAGAUGGCCAUCUAUUCGGAGUAGGUGGGAAGGACGGGCAGAUCAAGCUCUUCGACGUAAAGACCGGAGCUAAUGCCGCCUCGUUUGACGCCGGCGGUGUGCCGAACAGUCUCUCGUUUUCGGAGAACGGCACUUGGCUUGCUUCGUCUAUCAAGGGACAGACUAGCGUGACUAUCUUUGAUCUCCGGAAGAUGCAGACCAUCAAGGUGCUUGAUGUUGGAAGUCCCGUCGAAAGCGUGCACUGGGACUACACCGGACAAUUUGUCGCGAUUGCAGGGCCAGGCUGCGUCUCGGUCCAGCAGUAUGUGAAGUCCUCAAAGAGCUGGUCAGAGCCGUUCAGGAAGGCUAUUCCCGCCAAGGACCUACAGUGGGGACCGGACGCAUCUUCUCUGGUUGUAUUGACGCCGGAGGGCGCCAUCAGCAUCUUGGGUUGA